AUGGCAUCUAGUCAAAACCAAUCCCAACCCAAAUCGAAAGAGCCUUCUUCUUCUUCAGCAGCAGCAGCAACAGCAGCAGCAACAGCAGCAGCAACAACAUCAACCACCGAACCCAGAAUGCUAUUUGGCACCAAGUUGGAAACGGAAACAUAUGCACCAUGGAAAGAUUUUUACAUCAAGUACAACCACUUGAAGAAAUUGCUUAAAGAAGGUGUCAUUUUGAAAAACAAUUGGACCGAUAAAGAUGAACAAAACUUUGUUAGUGCGUUGGAUGAAAACUUGGAAAAGGUGUUCACUUUUCAACACAACAAGUUUGAUGAAUUGAACGAUGAAUUGAAUAUCUUGCAAGAGCAAACUGAGGUUGCAGAUACUUUUGAUGUUGACGCCUUUUCUAAAAAAUUGGAUCAUUUGUUGAAUGAAGCCCAGAACUUGGAACAUUUCCAACGUUUGAACUAUACUGGAUUUAUCAAAAUUGUCAAGAAACAUGAUCGUUUACAUGCUAAUUAUUCAGUUAAACCUUUGUUAAAUGUUCGUUUGAAGAAAUUGCCCUUUCAUUCAGAAGAUUACUCUCCAUUGUUAUACAAAAUUGGUACAUUGUUUCAAUUCUUGAGAGAAAAUUACGAAGUUGAUCAAUCCUUGUCGAAAUUGUCAUCAUUUAAUGAUGGGGCAUUGAGUGGAGAGUUUCAAUCUUUUAAAUUUUGGGUUCAUCCUGACAAUUUAAUGGAAGUCAAGACAACUAUCUUGAGACAUUUGCCAGUAUUGAUUUACAAUUCCAAGAAGGAUGAUGAUGAUGAUGAAGACGAUGACGAUGACGACGAUGAUGACGAUGCUGAUGGAGUACACGGCAAGGACAACAAAAUCACCCAAACUGAUCAAACUAUCAACUGUUUGUACUUUGACAAUGAGCAUUUUGAUCUUUACAAUCACAAGUUGACCAAGCUCAACAACUCCUCAACUUUGAGAAUUAGAUGGAUCGGUAAAUUGUCAGACAAACCGAAAAUCACAAUGGAGAGAAAGGAGUUUGAUGUUAAUUCCAAUUUCCAUGUUGAUGACAAGAUUGAAUUGAGACAAAAGUACAUUAAUCAAUUUGUUCUUAGUCAUGAAGUUCCCAAGAAAUUCGUCAAGAUUAAUGAUGAAGCUACAGUAAAGAGACUAUUGAAAUUUAUUGAGGAGAACAACUUGCAACCAAUUUUAAGAACUACUUACAAGAGAACUGCUUUCCAAAUUCCCGGGGAUGACAAGAUUAGAAUCAUUAUUGACUCCAACUUGACUUUUAUUAGAGAGGAUUCUUUUGAUCCGAUCUUGCCCAUUAGAGAUCCUCACCAAUGGCAUAGGUUAGAUUUGGAUAAUCCGAAACACAACCAACAAUUUUUACGUAAAGGUGAAUUCAACAAGUUUCCAUUUUCAACCAUGGAGAUCAAAAUUAAGAAGUCAUCAGUCAAGAAUUUCAAAAAAUUACAAUGGAUCAACGAAUUGAUCAAUAGUAGUUAUUUGGUUAAGGAGAUUCCCAAUUUCUCCAAAUUUAUUCAUGGUGUUGCUUCAUUGUAUUUGGAAGACGAUAAAUUGGAUAACAUUCCUAUGUGGUUUAAUGAGUUGGAAGGAGAUAUCAAUGACGAUUUACCCAAGAUUCUUCCACAACAUCGUAAUGAUAGCAGUGGAACAACCUCUUCAGCAGCAGCAGCAGCAGCAGCAGCAAAGGGCAACAAUGACAAUGGAAUUGCUCACUUGAGCAACGAUGAUAAUUUGUCCAAGUUCAAGUCAAUGCUUUUGAAAAACAAUGCCUCCAACUUCCAACCCAGAUCGGCAUCUUUUUCAGGAAGUUUGUUAUACACCGAAGAUGGUGGUUCUAAACAAGGCGAGCACAAGGGAGUGACUGUGACUGGAGCAACAUCGGAAGGUCAUGAUACCAAGAUUACCCCAGUUGAUGAGGAAGAUGAGGAAGAUGAGGGCAAUCUUUCGCCAACUGGAAAACCACAGAGACUUCAACAACAAGAACAACAACAACAACAGCCCAGUUCUGCAAAUUUCACUACUGACGAUCAAUCAUCUGACUUUGAUGAUGAAGAAGAUGAAGACGAUACCAGUGCAGCUUCCAGAGCCAGUCGUCUCACGAAAUUGAUCAAGUUCCCCCAACAAUUUUCUAAAUUGAUUGAUGUCGAUUCAGAGGACGAAGAAGUUGUGUUACCAGCGGGAGUCAUCAAGCCAGAUCAAUGGAUUAAAAAUAUGGGUCCCAUCAAAAUUGAACCCAAAGUGUGGUUGGCCAACGAACGUACUUUCAAUCGUUGGUUACACGUAACUACAUUGUUGAUGUCGGUUACAUUUAUCAUUUACUCGUCUACAAUUAGAUCCAAUUUCCAUGAAUUGAGUACCUAUUUGGCGUACUUUUACUUUGGAUUGACAUUGUUUAGUUGUCUUUGGGGAUACUACAUUUUCACAGUCAGAAGAAAUAUCAUUUUGGAAAGAAGUGACAAGCAUUUGGAUAAUUCAAUUGGACCAUUGAUUAUUGCCUUUGGGUUAAUCAUUGCCCUUAUUAUUAACUUUGUGUUUGGGUGGAAGAGUCUAGAAUUGGAGUAUGAGAAUAAUGAAUUUUAUGCAAACAACCCAAUGCAUAAGAAGAUUCACCAGUUCGUUGUUGAAAUGGUUAGCUGA